AUGAAUCCCGUUCAUGGAAUCGAAGAAAGACUUCGCGAAUGCGCUUGUCUUGGUGAGAAAGAUACUGUCCAGUUAUUAGUACAACGAGGCGUCAACAUCAAUUCCCAACACAAAAUCAAUGGAUGGACCGCCUUACAUUGGGCUGCUUGCCGCGGGCAUAAUGAUAUUGUAGCCUACCUGCUAAGCGAGGGUGCAGAACCAUCACUUUUAACUAAAUCCGGUGAAACUGCAGCUCAGUUAUCCAGCAGUGAGGAAAUUAAAGUGAUGUUAAAUAAUGCAGCGGGAGUAAGCGAUAUAGGUGCGUCUCCUAAUAACUCUCCAAAAACAAACAAAACUGAACUGCCUAUCACUCCAAACUACAUGCAAAAUCCUCCCUUUCCAUACUCAAAUACUACAGUUACGGAAACUACUGUCUCCCAAAAUGGACGUAGUACUUCACCUCCAAAGUCUAUCGUCACGGUUGGAGGGGAAUUAUUGGUUAAAGUUCGUAUUGCAAAUUCUGGUGAAGAAGAUUUCGUAGAAGUUGAACUGGAUCGAUUUAAUUUAACAUACGAAUCAUUAUUUGAUCGAUGUUGCGAAGAACUAGAUCUAUCGAAAUCAGCUGUAAAAAAGAUUCGCAAGUUACCUAAUAUCCUUAUUCGUAAGGAUAAAGAUUUGCAAAGAUUAACUGACAAUCAGGAGUUGGAAGUGGUUUUACUAAAUAGACUGCAACCGAAUGCUCUUGAUCCUUUUAUUGGUUUGUACUACAUCACUUGCCAAAUACAUCGUAGAGCUGGCGGUAGCUAUACGCAGACAAGUGCGGCUUUAUCUCGCAUUUGGUUGUUUGUAAGCGUACGAGUUAUCACCGAAACCCUGACGGUAACGGACGAAGUAAAAUAUAACUACACAAAAUCAAUUGAUUUACACAGCAAAGAAGAUGAAACCUCAGAACUGCAAUUAUUCGGAUGUCUUAAAGCGGAAUAA